UGUACAGGCUAGAAAGAGAUAAUACGCUAUGUGUGUACGGUGGAGGUGAAUCGCCCUAAGCACUGCAGCGCCACCCCCUCAGCACCAGGCACCCCUACAGGCUACACACGGCCAGCGCAUACAGUGACAGUAAAUAGCUCUUUACAAGUAUGCAGUGCGCUCGCUCUUUCCGUGGGUUGGUCCACUGCUGUAGUUGUACUCAGUGAGCAGGACGGGGGGAACUCAAAACCCACCUGUCGACACGUACACGUAUAGGCACACAGACGCACGCGUAUUGGCAUAGGAGAUUUGGGGUAACAUAAGAGACCACCGUUUUGAUCCGCUCGACCAAUUUGUCAUUAUACCAGGGGGACACUGGAGUGAGUGGUCGAGUUUCGUCGAUCCGAGCCCAGCCCUCUCGCCGCACCACCAUCUCCGUGAGCCCGGCAAGUCAUGUCAUUGAGCCCCAAGACGCAUUCGACUCCAUUCUCGGUCACAGACAUCCUGAGUCCACUAGAGGAAUUUGGCUACAGGAAAUCCAUGUUGGAUCCCAGUGGGAACUUCAUGACUACCAUGCAGCCGACAUACCGCAGCCCUCAGCACUCCAACAACAUGCAGUCUUCGAUGAAUGUUCCCGUCAGCAACCCCUACCACAUGCACGUCCCCCAGCUCUCCCACCCUCCACUCGGGACAACCUACUGCAACGGCUCCGUUGGGGAGUUGUCGCACUACAACGAGCACGUCCGACAGUCGGCUUCCAGCUGGUAUGGGGCAAACCCGGAUCCAAGAUUCUCAAUUUCUCGCCUGAUGAAUCCCAACUCUCCGAUGAACAUGAACAUGAAUAUGAACAUGAAUAUGAACAUGAACAUGAACAUGAGUAUGCCUGGCUUGGGAGGAGACCUGUCCAAGCCCAUGUUGCCGUCGGCUCAACGCCGUAAGCGCCGGGUGCUGUUCUCUCAAGCCCAGGUCUACGAGCUGGAGAGGCGGUUCAAGCAGCAGAAAUACUUGUCUGCCCCCGAGCGGGAGCACCUAGCAAGCCUCAUUAACCUGACCCCGACUCAGGUCAAGAUCUGGUUCCAGAACCACCGAUAUAAGAUGAAACGACAGACCAAGGAGAAGAAUAUGGCGGACAACAACAACGUCUGUCACCAGUCCCCAAGGCGUGUGGCCGUUCCUGUCCUGGUCAAAGACGGUAAGCCGUGUAACGGAUCGUCUAACGGUAGCUCCAGCGGUGGUUCAGCCCACGACAGCGCGUCCCCGCAGCUAGGGGACGAUGCUCACAGUACGGGCAGCGACCAUGCCAGCUCCAUGCCCGGCGCCCACCAGGUAACGGCACACCAUGUCUCCACCACCGUGCAGCAGUCUCACAUGGCCCCGCCAGCUCACAAGGCAGUCCCGGUGAACUCCUCGUCGUCUUGCAGUGGACACGGUGUGGGCAUCAACACGGGGCCUGGUGUGACUUCCUCCCAUUCCCCUCACCAUCAGCCAGGUGCAGUCAACCCGUAUCAUUCCAUGAACGGCACCAACAUGUCCUCUGCAGCGCCAUUCCUCCUGCACGGUAGAACAUGGUGACAAUCAUCCCUCAUGAGGAGCAGUUUAAAAUGACUCUGCCCUUAAAUCCCGCAAAAAGAGUGGUUGACACACAAACUCAGCCUGAACUGUUAUGAAUUUCACCGAAGGUGUUAACAACUCGACGACGAGAUCGAUCGCCAACAUGGCGACUACUAUAAUGCUGCUAGUCGAAUUACAAACAAUACAACAAGCAGAACGUUGUGAUACCACGCGUUGAGACAUCUCAAAAUAUACUGUAAUUAUUAACUAGCCAAAACUUUUAUUUGCAUAUAGGCCAAAACAGUGAAACUUGCAAACUUUUAAUGCAGGAGAGGAAAUGAAAAAACUUUGACCUCAAUAAAUCAAAGACAUCGGUGAUGCUUAAAGUUUUGCUCAAGUGAGGUGAGUCUUGGUUUCUAUAUCUGCAACGCAGUCUGCGCGCUUUGGGUCUGCAUUCUCCAUUGUCAGCCCCAAAGCUUCACAUGUUAUCUGUUAUACUUUUUUGUAAACUUGUCUUUUGUUUCCAAUUUGUUAUUUCUAAAUUGAGCUGCGGGUGGUUGUUGUAUAAAAAGGAUUUUAGAGUUAUUGUCUUAGAUUCAAGUGAAGAUGAGUAGCAGUAUUAUAAUUAUGACGGUCGGUCCAUGUCUGGGAAAUGGUGCUUCUCCAGACUGGACGUAGUAGAAGAAUUUUUUAUCACUUUAUCAAGACUUUUGAAGAGGGCCUUUUGGAUUUUUGUCAACAUUUUCUGUUGUUCGGCACCGAAAAUGGAAAUGUAACGGAAGCAAGACUAUAGAAAAAUAAGCUAAGCCUCCAAUCGUGCUCACUUAUGUAGUAACAAAUUGUUUUUGUUUUCCUUUGAAUGUCCUUAUUUUCUUGAAUGUUUUCAAACAUAGGUUUAAACCCGUGGAAAAAGACACAAAAUUAAACGUGGUGAAAAAAAGAAAGCUCCAAAAGUAGGCCUACUUAAAAGUCAUAAGAUUCGGGCUUAAAAUGCUACUGUUUGAUCGGAAGUGCUCCAUACUGCAAUUUUGGCUGUGAUUUACAACUCAAAGAUCAGAAAGGAAUGGAGGGGUUUAACUAUACACCGAUUGUUUUAAUUAUCGAAGCGAAAACCUGCUAGAAGAACUUUACCAUAUCAAUCAGGAAGUUCCAAUGUGAAAUUUAAAUCGUUGCAUGUGUAAAACGGUUGAAAAGUCCAGAAACAGGUACUUUUCGGGGUCUGUGGCCGACGCAACAAUCGACAAUUCCAAUUUGCUCAAAGUUUGCGGCUAUAGACCUACGUUUAAUUAAUGUUCACCAUAGGUAUGAUUUCGCCCGCCGCAAGUUUACAGUUCAAAAAUCACACUAUCACAGUGAAUUUUGACCUCAUAUUGAAGCUUGUCUAGCCUACAUGUCUGAACUUGUGACUUUUCGCUUAUCAUUAUAACUGGAAUUUUUCGAUUUUGAAUAUUCUACGUUUUUUCAAUCGUUGGGCGAUUCAAUUUGGCAUUUCCUAUAUACGCCGCAUUUUAAUAAUUUAUCACAUGAACGCUCUGUCUCAAAUUCAGAAAUCACGCAUGGCGGUUUUUUUUUCUAUUUUAGUUUCAUUCAGCCGUUAAACUGGUUAUGUUUUGUUAGAUUCACCAGUCGCGCCCGUAAGUCACUCUGCCGAUUGUUUGCGGGGUUUGUUUUGCGGCUGCCGCCCGCUUGUACAGCGGGUCUCUCGCUCCGUGUGCUUGCGUUCGUGUGUGCCUUUUUGCCCGCUACGAGGCAACUGGCAUGUAUCUGAGGUCAAGAUGACUUGUACUAGUAGCCCCAGUCUCUCCCCUCAACAUGGGUGGAUGAAUUGGCCCUCACUGCUCCCACAAAGAACUCGGCAAAUUUACCCUACACCUGGGCAAAUUUGUUUAUUGUUCGUUAUCGGCCGUUGUGCUGGUAAUAGCCGGGUCAGUUGCCAGACAGCUCUGAAAGACAUGUUGGUUUUUAAAAUCCUCAAUUAAAUACACAUCCUUUUUGUGUUCAAUAUGCGCAUAUCAAACGUUAUUCUCUAAGACAGGAGUCAGAAAAACGAUUUGCCUGUAAGAUUAAACUUAACAUUUUAUCUCAAAGGGCCAUCAUUUUGUUAAAUAUAAUAUGUAGCCUAUUUUUAUCAUUUACAUUAAAAAAAUCAGUUGGAUCUCUUAUCUGCUUCAUUCAUUAUCACGGCGCUAACGAAGAUUUAAAACAAAUGCGCCUUUACUUGACAUUAAUUUUAUCUUAAAGGAAAUAACGGAGUUUGUCAGACUCGGUUAUUUUUUGGUCUACCACUUAUUUCAUGUAAUCUAUGGUCGUGUCAAAGCGCCUGACGAAUAAAAAUCACGGCGACAUGGGCUUUAAACAAAGGCAGUAUUAAAGCCGAAGACGGCUUAUCUGAACGCUAUUAAACAUUUAGGUGAUUUCUUUUUCGUCUGAAUUUGAUAAAUGGUACAAAUGUCUGUGUAUUAUAUUUUUGUUUGCUAUGAAGCGAACUAAAAAGUAUUAUAUAUACGCUGUCGGUUCAUUCGGUUUCACAAUGUUUGUUUUUCUAAACACACUUUUUGAGAAUGUGAUAAGAUCGUAGCCCUAAACAUUUAAACGCAGGGCGUCGCGGGUGUGAAAGUCGCUUGAUUUAUCAUUUACGUCUGAAUACACUCCAUCAUACAUUUUAUGAAGACUCAAAGUUGUAUAGCUUUGAAACAUGUUGACAUUGAACGGUGUAUCAUAUCAUGAGCUCUGUUGUACCUAUCUACAUAAACCUAUUUAUUUCUGUUUGCGAACCUGAAAUACAAAACUUGAAAGCAUAUUAUUUAAAUGUAAGCAUUUCAGUCUAAUUUUUACAAAUCUAUCAGUUGUCCUCAUGUUUGUCUUUGUGUUUUUUUCUAAACUCCAUGAAAAGUUACUGUUUGUAUACUAACCACACUUCAUCGAUACAGAAUGUAAGAAUAGAGAGUAAAUAAAUCAAAUAUUGUUCAAAAUAACUUAUACAGAA